ACCACUUUAACUUACCGUUUACGGAGGCAGAGUCUAGAAGCAAUAGUAAUUGAUUAUACUGAACUAAUCCUAUUACAUGUUUUAUUAUACGAAGCAAUUUUGCUGCAGACAUCGAGAGAGUAAAAUUGGUAUUAUUCCCAUAGAUAAAUCAAUAACUUAUUGUCCAUUAUAUAUUUACCAUGUCGUUCGUAAGAUAGUUUUUAAUUUUUAUUCACCAGUUAAGUAAUGAAUUCUUGCCCGAUGUGAAUUAAUGGCUACGUAUCAUGAUUCACUUUGGAUGAUAAUGUUAUUUAUUAUUGUUUCAGCACCUGACAUAAUUCAGGAAGACAGUCCAACGAUAGUGAUCGGCCCGGAAGAGGAGGAGCUAAGCAUGAAACAUUUCGGUGCUCUUCUUACCGGACGAUCUCCUCUGUGCAUCAGAAGAGAUGAUAUGACUGGAGUGCCGGUUGCUGCUGGAGUGGCUACUGCUCGUUUCACGUUCCGACGGCGACACCUUUACUGGUCCGUCAUACUAGGACCUUCAAUGACUGUGCAGCCUAGGGCAUUGCUGUUCUUGGAUAGAGGAGGAAGAUUACUCCUCGAGCACCCACUGAAAAAAGCACCUGGCAUACACGCUACUUACGAGGACAAAACUGAUAAGUUAUGUGGUGUUUGGCGCCGUGUACCACGAGAAUACAAACGUUUAUUGAGAGAAGGAUCUUUAUACGUAGCUCUAGUGUGGGGAGAUGAACGUAACAACACUAUGGAUAGCGCUUUAAGUGGCCGCAUCAAUAGGUAUCCUGCACUAUCAUCGGAAAUGUUUACGUCACUACUUGAACCGGAACACGCUCCCGCUGUCAUAGGAAAUGGACCUUGUGAUGAUUAUAGAACUAUCGGCCAAGAGGAAGGUUGGUGGGGAGGUACAGCCGUCGUUACUGGAGUAGCUGGUGCUGCUCCAAGUCUUCAUCUGGCACUUUUGUACAACGGUGUAUUCGCUUCAACUCCUCAUGAUUAUGCUGUCAGAGUGUUAUUAACGCUACCGGACAAAAACCAAACUAUUAUUGCCGACGUCCAAAAAGUUUCGAAACCAAGUUACGAAAUCAACGUUCUAGAAGUUUCUACGCCCGUGUCAUCUGCAGAGUUGCGGUCAUUGGCUCGAGGGCGAUUGCUUCUUACGGUCGAAUCUGUUAGAAAUCCAGAGAGAAGGAUAACAGGGAAUGUGAGGCAAAGAGCUGCGUGUGAGGUGUUCCACGCUUCUUUAGCCGCAGAACGACCCCCCGCAUCUCCGGCUCCAGAAGGCCUUGCCUUGAUUUACAUUGAUAAAGACGGUUCGCUUGUCUAUGAUAUACAGGUGGACAACAUGGGUAUAAAUGACCCAAAGAUAACGUUAGUGGAAGAACAAGGGAAGAGACAUUCGCAGGUGGAGAUAUUAGAUACGCGUAUUGGAGUUUUAGCAAGACCCAGUGCUAGAAUCUUUCCACCUUUGUAUGAUGACCAACUAACUGUGCAUAUCGGCGCUGAUAUUGGUCCACCAAUCCUUCGUGGCAGAUUAGUAUCUCGUCCGCUGCCUGACGCUUCGAGCGCAGGUCCAGCACUACUCCGCCGCACUGAUGCACGACUUCCAGUCACUUCUACGCCCAUCGCUGGGCUUGCGUGGCUCUCUGUUGAUGCUUUAUGCGGUCUGCAUUAUGAGGUUACAGUAACCGGUAACGUCGGUUCCUGGUCAGCGUGGUUAGAGACUUACGCAGGGGGCGGUGAUAGUGCCCGAGUUCUAGUGGGCGUAGAAGGUUGCGUUUUGGAACCGACUGCGGCAGAACUGGCCGCCUUGCACGCUGGAGCGGCUUAUCUGGACAUUAGGACUACCGAAAACGAUACAGCCGUACUGCGCACGCGAUUACCUCAGACAAGCGUGCCGCCUUCGUGCUUGCCAUCCACCCCAUGGAUAGCAGGCAACGACUUGAGUCCUAACUACGCUCCGACACACGUGAACACUUCACCUCCAGACAAUUCGUUGUCCAACAGCGCUUCUUGUUAUUACGCCGGAAGGUUCUACGAGGAUGGAGCGCAAUGGAUGGCAGUAGAUUCUUGCCACAUGUGUGGUUGCGUGCACGGCGCGUUACGGUGCGACCCUGUGCGUUGCCCUCCGGUGAACUGCUCCGUGCCCACGAUCCAGCCGCCGGGGCAAUGCUGCCCGAUUUGCACGAAUUCCACAACGGCGGUGUGGAACGAAUCGCACGGCUGCCACCUCGCCGGCCAGUAUCACGCGCCAGGCUCCUCCUGGCACCCGUACCUAGUUCCUGAAGGAUACGACACCUGUGCGGUGUGCACUUGCGAGUUUUCAACGCGACAAGUCAAGUGUCCUCGCGUUAGAUGCCCUCCGCUACGGUGCUCGGAGAGGGAAGCAUAUAGACCGGAUAAGAAAGCAUGCUGCAGGAUAUGUCCGGAGGUGAAAGCGAAGAAACCUGAAGACGAAACGCCCAAAGACCAGGCGGCGCCUCGCACGGCGGAGGAGAUCCUGGCGGAGGGCGGGUGCAAGUUUCCUGACGGGCCGCUGCCCAACGGCAAGGAGGUGCACCCCUCCAUACACUCGCACGGCGAACAGAGAUGCGUCACUUGUCGGUGCAAGGACGGGGAACUAACGUGCGUCCGCAAGCGUUGCAACCGCGCUAUGUGCGCUCGACGGCGGCGCGGCGACGGGUGCUGCUCGUGCGCGCGGACGCGUCGUCAGCGCGCGCCCCCGCGUCCCAGCUGAGUGACCCAAACCUGUCCCACCGCCUACACACCGGCGACUUGCGACCGCCACGCGACCCGCAACCGAUACUAUCACAUCACGACGAUUGUCAUGAUUCAGAACAAUAGAGGUGUGUGUUGUUAUUCCCGCUUACGUCAUCGUCGUAAGCAUUAUCACCGCGCGGCGACAGCUUCUGCUCAUUGAGCGGCCUAAACCUGUCCCAACACCUACACACCGGCGAAUUGUGAACGCCACGUGAUCCGCUACCAACCAUUGUCAAGAUUCAGAAAAAUAGAGGUGUGUGUUGUUGAUUUCGGUUACCAUAUCGUCGUCUACACUCCGCUGACUUGCGUCUGCGGCACGAUCCGCGACGACCGCGAUCCUACAACUCACGUCCCUCGACCGAUCUGAAAUGAAAUGGUGGUUGAUAUUUGAAAAUUUACAUUAACUACUAGUUGAAAUGAAUAAUUCAACGUGGUAGGGGUGCAAAUCGCAAUCUUUGUCAUGAAUCAAAACAAUAACGAUGGUGCGUAUGGUGUUAUUUUGGUGGGUUUUCUUAAAACAUUAAAUUUCGAAAAGUUUUAAGCGGGAUUACAAGCGUCUAAUGCAACUGGUCGCAAAGCGGGUGCAAGUUAGCCAAUAGGCAUAUUGGGCCCCACGCCUCACCCAGACUGCGUAGGAUAAGUGAGUGGACGCUUCGCUCUAUAGACUGAUCUAUUUUUAUGUACUCGUGCGAUUCGAAUACGCGUUUCAGGACGCGUCCUGGUUUUCGUUAGUGGGACCGCGGUAUACCAACCAGAAUCUGUUCGUAACAGACGUAUCUCGUAUAUUCUUGGGAGGGUGUUAUGUUUACGAUUUUAUAUUCGAGGACCGAGGUCGGCGUAAGUAUGAGCGUGCUUACGUUUUGUUCGUUUCUAUGAAGCCACGCUUCUGUUGGUAUUCCGUGGUAGGACUGCGUAGUGUCAUAAGGUCGCCCCUAAAAAAGUUACCUUUCAAAGGCUGAAUAGUUUGAAGUUUCCCUACUGGCUGCAAAUUGUGGGUGCAAGCAUAGGGAGUAGGUUAUGUAUAGACGAAGCGGUUAAAAUCAGAAUGUUUCUUUUGAUGAAUUGUAAUUGUGACACUGCGGAUAUCCACUCGAAACACGAACAAGCUUCGAUGCAACUGAACUGCUUGAGGUUGACGUCUGUCUCUAUUAUUAAUUUAAAAAAGAAAUUAUGUUGGAUAUAUUUUACUAUAAUCCAGGGUUUAAUUACAAGUAAUUUAUUGUUAAAAAAAGUAGUCAUUGAUUGAUUUUGGUCGUAUAAGCUUAAACAGUUCAGUAGCAACGCGCUGUUUACUAUUUAUGACAUAGAUGGUGUUCGGCGGUCGGCCGCGCCCCGGCUCGGAGUCGAUCAACUUAUACUUAUAGCUUUAUUUAUUACACUUCUUGUUCACUAGACGGUGAUGCGAGAUGACUUCAAACUCAGAACAUUAGCUCUUUACCAAACAAAUAUAAUAAUAAAGAUAAUUUUCUAUCGUUCGUAAAACUGAUAAUUUUAUUUACUGGAUUGACGUUGCUGUAAAGAACAAAGGUUAGACUAUAAUUCUUACUAAUACAAUAUUUUGAUUAAAGAAAUAGAACCUCGUGGAUACUUACCUACCUACUACAAAAAAAUAGCUGUUUUAAACCAUGUUGAGUCAAUUUUUAAACUAGUGCUGACAGCCCUAGUUUUUUAGAAGUCCUUCGUAUUUCCCUAAUUACCUAACUUGUGAAAAGUUGGUGUUCCGUGAAAACGUUCUGUUUCCGAAGACUCCAUUGUCGACUAGUGAACUGGAUAGUGUUUACACGGCGUUGAAUAUUUUACUUACCCACCGGUAUUUUAAUUGGUAUUAUGGGACAUCCCAAAAUUUAUAGGCGCAUAAUUAUUUCCGAUGAUGUAUGAGUGAGUCGAAGGCUCGAUCGCUCAGUGUUGAACGCGAGCGCGGUCGAUAUAGAUGUGCCAUAUUUUCUUAAUGUAAAUAUAAAUUAUUGUACCUUAAUAUUACUUAUGUGCAUAUUUAUUAUACUUUUCUUAUAAACGAUACGGGAAGAGCAUAGGUAUUCGUAUUCGAACCAUCACAAACUCGUGAUAUGAUAGCCUUGUUUGUGCAUUUGCUUUUAGUUUGUAAUAUUAAUUGUGUAUUUAUACUGCACCGUUGUAUUUCGUUAAAAUUUUAUUGCAUGUUAGUGACCGUCUGUUUCAUUAUAGUUAUAGUUUAAAAAAAGACCUAUAGAAAGAAUAACUACAUGAAAAUGAACGUAACCUUUAAAAUGUAUCACCAUUGUUUGUUUACUUUUGUGAAAAGGUUUAAUUAAAAAUUCAAUCAUUUUGGGAAUUUCAAAAGUUUUAUAUUUAAAAUUAUACUGACGCGCCGUACGCCUCGGGUGAUAACAUUAUGUUUAUCAUCAGAGAAGAAUUUGUAAAUACUACUUAAUAAUUGCUUUAGUUAUAAUAUUUUUAACACUGUAUACAAUUUUAUACUGAUAACAAUACAGAAUGUACCGAUAUGAAAAUGUUAGAUUAAGAUGUAUGUAGUUUACGUGAAUUUCGUGACUAGUUUUGUUUAAUUACUAGGUUUAAUUGUUAGUUGCGUAAUUAAGGAAGCUAGUCCAAAUAAUGUUUCGAUGUGAUGGAAAUGAAUGCCAUGUUGGUAGAUAGAAAGGUUUCUGUCGCGAUAAAAGGCCUCAUUACAUUGUUAUAUUUUCUUUAAAGAAAUGUAUUCCAAGAAAUAUUUAUAAACAAUAAUGUUCUUUAUUAUUCUGAGGCCUGUAAAAUUUGGAUUUAAUAUUUUUACCUUCUGGGGGAAGGCUCGAUUUUUGAAAUAUCUAUUUAAAUAUAAAAAAAAUCGUUUAUCAUGUAAACAUAUUGAAAUUUAUUGUUUCGUUGUGGGUUCUAGUCCAUCAAAAUUGAGAUGAGAAAAAUGUAUUAUAUAAUGUUAUAUUGGCUAUAUGUUAUAAGUUUUUGACAUAAUGAGAAUAUCACUCGACUAAGGGAGUUAUCUUGAUUUUUAUUUAAUCUAACAAUAGAAAAGUAGUCACCUAUGGCUUGCAAAUAACAUAACUAAUAGCCAUAAAGGAUACUAUAAAAUCGCUUGUAUUGCAUUGUUUUUAUUUAACGAUUCUUAGAAUAAAUUUCUUUGCAUAUGAUGUUUCAACAAAUAUUGUUACUUAUAAAACCAAUAUUUAAAUUUCAAUUUGUUAAGAAUACAUAUCAUACAGUUUCGGUAUUAAAUGCCUAAAUUAUAAUUUAUGGUGUUAUUAUAUGUCACACAAAGGUUUGUAAAAGUCAUACAGUUUUAAAAUGAAAUAAAUUACCUGGGAACAGAUACUGCCUUUAUUUUUGCUUAUACUUAAACCUAUUCACAAAAUCCUAGCGGUUUUUAAGUCAUGGACACUUGGCUAUAAGUUUUGCUUAUUUUAUGACCAAAUAAUUAGUGUGCGAUAUCAAUUAUUGUUUUUUUUUGAUAUUUCAACAUAUUUACAAAUGUACGCAUAGGUAAAGUGGCUCUUGAGGAGAGAGUGCC